AGAGGUGAGGAAUGUGAUGACCACAACUCCAUGAAUGGAGACGGAUGUUCCAGCCAGUGCAAGAAGGAGCCAUUCUUUAACUGCAUCGAUGAGCCCAGCAUGUGUUACUUCUACGAGGGCGAUGGUGUGUGCGAGGACUUCGAGCAGGAGACGAGUGUGAGGGACUGCGGCCUCUACACGCCCAGUGGCUUCCUGGACCAGUGGGCAGCCGCCGUUGACGUCUCACACGAGGAGCGGCUCUACUGCCCCGCCGACGUGGCUGCUGGGUACCCUGCCGUCACCAAGGUGACCACAAUCACAAUCGUCCUAUUGGCCACCCAGGUAGAGUUCUCAACGGGCCGACAGGACCCGCAGGUUCAGGUCGAAAAUAUAAGCAAAUGA